AUGAUUUACUCCUCCGGAAGAGAGUCCUACUUCAACCUGAACUCCACCUGGUAUGACCCUGCUGGGUCCUGGCUGGACACCCGGCGCACACCGUUCCGUUACGGCUACAACAACUGCUGCUCCUCGCGGUGCGACGGCGAAGGCGUGGAGGGCAUGAGAGGGCACAACUACCGGCACUACGGCUACCGGCAGCCGGUCUGCUCUGAGCGAUGCCAAGGCUACACCACGGCUGAGUCGUGCCAUGGAGGUGGAGGGUCCAGCUGUGCCAGGAGACCCACCUACAGCUAUGGGUCAACGGGGGGAUGUCAGGGCUACGGGAGGUCGGUGUGCUCUGAGAGGUGCCAGGGGUCCUCGGGUUCGUGCCAUGGAGGUGGCGGAUCCAGCUGUGUCAGGAGGCCCACCUACAGCUAUGGGUCAACUGGAGGAUGCCAAGGUUAUGGGCGAUCAGUGUGCUCUGAGAGGUGCCAGGGGUCCUCGGGUUCGUGCCAUGGAGGUGGCGGAUCCAGCUGUGUCAGGAGACCCACCUACAGCUAUGGGUCAACUGGAGGAUGCCAAGGCUAUGGGAGGUCAGUGUGCUCCGAGCGGUGCCAGGGUUCCUCUGGAGGGGGAUGCCACAGUUCGGUUCAGCAGCCGCAAUGCAGUGAGCCAGUGCAGUGCAUCCCACAGUGCUGCCCCACGCCAGCCCCUGUGCAGCAAGUGCCCACGGCCAAGUGCAUCCCCCGCCAGCAACAGCAGCAGGUCUGCAAGGUGCCAGCCCGGAAGAUAAAGUAA